AACCGAUAGUACAGGUGCCUUUUCCAAAACCGCCGCCGUCUCGAGAAGAAGAGCAGACGUUUGAUUCAAUCGACAGAGAGAAUUGGGGAUUUUGCGGAGCCCUGGGAAUAGAAAGAAAAUCGUGUUCGGCACAGUAAAAGAACGAUAGUGUGAUACAAUGGUGCUGAAUCUCAUCUGAAUACGCAUCAGAUCUGAUCACUGUAAACGAUUUCGCAAUGUCAGUUAGAGGCGGAGGAAGGAAGGAGGAGAGAGGAAGGAACCCUCCGUCGCGGCAUCUCUGGGUUGGGAACCUUCCCCUUGGGAUAUCGGAACGGGAACUCGCCGAUAGGUUCUUGAGGUUUGGAGAAUUGGAGAGCGUUGCGUUUCAGCCUGCAAGGAGCUACGCGUUCCUCAAUUUUAAACACGACGAAGAUGCUUUCGCUGCUAUUGACUCGCUCCAAGGCUUCCCGCUCAAUGGCAACCCGCUUAAGAUCGAGUUUGCCAAGCCGGAAAAGUCCUCAACUGGACCACGCACAGAAAAUACAUUUCGUCAUGAUGAGCAGCGGUCUGGAGCAAGAGGGUCACCUUUUUUCCAAAAGGACUCCAGAAUGCGUUACGAGAGCCCAGACACAUAUAGCAAAUCAAACAAAAUGAGUGAUAGAGAUGCAGAACCCAGUGAGAUACUAUACAUAGGAUUCCCAGCUUCGUUGAAAGUAGAUGAAGAGCUCUUGAUGAAGGCCUUCUCUCCAUUCGGAGAUAUAACGAAGGUCACGAUAUUCCCUGGUCGUAGUUAUGCAUUUGUUCAAUUCCGGAAUCAAAUGGCAGCUUGCAAGGCAAAACAAACUCUUCAGGGUAAAUUAUUUGACAAUCCUCGAGUGCAUAUCUCUUUCGCAAAGAGUGAGCCUUCCUCAUCUAGCAGUGGAAGGGGUCCGUCUGGUCGAUCAUUCUCUCCGCCUUACAGAUCUGUUGAUCGACUGGGAUCUUCAGAAGGUUACUUUCAUCAGGAUAGAAACUAUGGAAGCAUCAGCAGAACUUCCAAUGUCAGAGAUCCACAUUACAGGGAUUUGGAAGAGUCUGAAGAUUACAUGUUUAACAGGAAAAGAGCCUCAAGGAAUGAAUAUGAUGGAGGAGGGCCUCCUUAUAGAAGGUCGAGGUCUCCACACAAGUUGCCUCAGGAUAUGCAUGAAUAUCAUAGGGAAAUGGGUUCCACAUUCCGUGAUGAUCCUCACAGGUUUCCUCCAAGGAGUUCAGUGUAUGAAGAGCCACGGGGUUUAUCCGAAGAAGACUACUACUACCAGGACACCAAGAGAGUGAAGACAAGAUCCUUUCAGGCAGAGAGGCAGCUCCCAGGGCAUCUGGUUUCUGGUGUAGGGCAAGAAAGACGCUCUUUUUCAAGGGGAUCUGCUGAUUUUUCUCCCAAUAAAGCCUUUGAGCGUAACUAUGAGGCUAGACAAGUAAGAUACAAGCAAACAAUUGAGAAUCCGUUGAAUCUGGCUAUAAGGAACGGGGAGAAGAGUAGCUUUCGUGAACCACAUGACGAGUUGGUGGGAGAAUUUUCUCUGCCUGAAGGGAGACGGCAUACACUUGAAGAGUCCCGGUCAUCACUUAAGGAUUGGAACUGGGAAGGGACUGUUGCAAAGGGAGGCAAUCCUAUUUGUCGUGCUAAAUGCUUUCCUGUGGGCAAAGUGAUGGAUAUGAUGCUGCCCGAGUUUCUAGAUUGCACGGCAAGAACUGGUUUGGACAUGCUGGCCAAUCAUUACUACCAGUCAUCUCAAGCGUGGGUGGUUUUCUUCGUUCCUGGAAGCGAUGCUGAUAUUGUGUUCUAUAACGAGUUUAUGCAUUAUCUGGAGGAGAAGCAGCGGGCAGCUGUUUCUAAAUUGGAUGACACAACGACGUUGUUCCUUGUGCCUCCUUCUGAUUUCUCCGAGAAAGUACUUAAAGUUCCUGGGAAACUAAGCAUCUCUGGGGUUAUUCUACGGUCAGAAUACGAAGGUUCCGGAUAUGGGCCUGUUCAACAGCAAAGUGAGAGGAGAUAUGGUGAAACAUCAUAUCCAGAGGAUAGUGGAGCUUUUCCUGAUGUUGGAAACCCACGUAAUCAAUCUGUUCAACGUUCACCUAUAGAUCCAUACAUCGAGAGCAGGCACGAUCAGUACCCUGGAAGGGUUUGGCCACCUCGUGAUGUGUCAGUUACCAACACCAGAACCUCACUGAUGCAACCUCCUUUGAUAGAUCUUCAAGAGCGUAGCGGGUUUGUUGCUCAGCAAAAUGCUGAUCCAAGUCGGUUUCGUGAAACAGUGAUUCCAUCAGGGUUUCAGCCUGAACAGCUUACACACUUAGCUUCAUCUGUUUCCAGACAGCAAUACCAAGUAGACAACACAUCAAAUCAGCCAGAGAGAUAUGCAGCAGAUGCUCGAUCAAGUUUCCACCCUUUGCAACACGAGCAGACACCAAGCGCACCUCCAGGGUAUCAAAAUGUACAGCUACAAGGUAGCAGCAACGCCCAAGAAGAGGAAGAAAACGAGGCUGAUCCACAGAAGCGUCUCCAAGCAACGUUGCAGCUAGCAGCAGCGCUUCUCCAGCAGAUUCAACAAUCGAAAAACUAGUAUGAAAUCUUUUACUUGAAGAAGAAAAGGCGUCUCAAAAUUAAUGUCAUCGAGAUUAGCAGAUCAUAGUCGGUUACUCGGUAAUAUAUAUAAGCAAAUCUUUUCCAGAUUCGAAUGAUUGUAUAAGUAGCCUCAUCGUGCCUCGGUUUACCUUUUGCAAGAAGAAACGCAACACGUUUUGCAGUAAUAAAUCAUCUUUCUCA